AGUUUCCAUACCAAAACCAACCACACCACACACAAAACACACAUCAUGUCUACCGUUCUCGACUCGCUCAAGCAGUACACCACUGUCGUCUCCGACUCGGGUGACUUCAACUCCAUCGAGCAGUACAAGCCCCAGGAUGCCACCACCAACCCUUCGCUGAUCCUCGCCGCUGUCAAGCAGCCCGAGUACGCCAAGCUCGUUGACGAGGCCGUCGCCUACGCCAAGAAGCAGGGUGGUGACAAGGAGAAGCAAGUCAACGUUGCUUGCGACCAGCUCCUGUGCCAGUUCGGUAAGGAGAUCCUCAAGCUCAUCCCCGGCCGUGUCUCCACCGAGGUCGACGCUCGUCUGUCCUUUGACACCGAGGCCACCAAGGCCAAGGCCCACUCGCUCAUUGCCAUGUACAAGGAGCUGGGCAUCGAGAAGGAGCGUAUCCUGAUCAAGAUUGCCUCGACCUUCCAGGGUAUCCAGGCUGCCCGAUCCCUCGAGAAGGAGGGAAUCCACUGCAACCUCACCCUCCUCUUCGGUUUCGGCCAGGCCGUCGCCUGUGCCGAGGCCGGUGUCACCCUGAUCUCUCCCUUCGUCGGCCGAAUCUUGGACUGGUUCAAGGCCAACAAGCCAGACCAGGACUACACCGGUGCCAACGACCCCGGAGUCAAGUCGGUGCAGAAGAUCUACAACUACUACAAGCAGCACGGUUACAAGACCAUUGUCAUGGGUGCCUCUUUCCGAAACACCGACGAGAUCAAGGAGCUGGCCGGUUGCGACUUCCUGACCAUCGCCCCCGCUCUGCUGGACAAGCUGUACAAGGAGAAUGGAGACAUUCCCCGCAAGCUCGACCCCUCGACUGCUGCCUCUUCUGCUCCCCAGGAGAAGGUCUCGUUCGUCGACAACGAGGCCGAGUUCCAGUGGACUCUGCUGCAGGAGAAGAUGGCCUGGGACAAGCUCCACGAGGGAAUCGUCAAGUUCGCUCAGGACGCCGACACCCUCAAGGAGAUCAUCGCUGGCAAGUUCUAAGCAGUGAAUGCCACAAAGAUCUGUCUCUCCCCCCGCGCUUCUAGUCUCCAUAUAGUCUCCUCUUUUCCCCCCACUUUGUGAUCUUGAUAGUGAUAGAAGGAAAACACAAGGGCACGCA